AAUCUUUACUUACGUCUUUCAUCUUGUAUCUAUUUAAGCAAUUUAGGGACGAGUGUACAGUGGUAUUCUGUAUUCAUACGCCCAGCGUAUAGGUAUAUACGAACCACAUAUCCCUAUGAAGGCGUGCUGGCUACUUGCUAACCCCAUUAAUACUCCCUAAUAUUACCCCUACCCCCCCUUAAUUGAAGAUUAUGCGCGUAAUAUUGGACGUAUUGAUUAAGAUGACCUGCAUGCCGAGUGUGACAACCGCCGAGUUUAACGCCAGUAUUCUGGAGUGAAAGAAAUCUUGUGACAGUCCCGCCGAUCCGCCCCUGUGAUGGCACUGUUUCCUAGACAUAGUGUCGGGUUUCUCAUUACUUGCUACAGCUGACCAAGAGCCAAGACUGUCGGGACCGGCGAUGGUAAGCGCACGCAACUGGAGGCUCAGAUGGUCGCACAAUCGACUACCUACCGCCAAGAUCUUGAAAGCCUGCAUUUACAAUCGGUGAGAGUAAGCGGGCUUGUGGUUUGCGUGCCUCUUUGGUUCGCGGCCUGCUGCGCAGCCUCUCGCCCCUUGAAGCUCUCUCUCUCUCUUCCCCCCCUCCCUCCUCCCCUCCUCCCCUCUCUCACAUACGCGACGAAGAGUAUUCGUUAAUGCUUGUUGCUUAAACCAAAGCCUUCAUAAAAAAGCACUUACGUCGAAGAUGGGCCCCGUGAGAAAGCCAGAGAAACCAGAGAAACCAUCCGCGCAUAAGGUUGUCUCUGAUCACUCCUUAUCUCAGCAGUAUGGUGGCGUACAUGGUGGGGGCUGGGUAAGCCACCUCCCUUCCUCCUGGGCUCCGUACAUACAGCUAGCCCGCCUGAGCCCCCCGGCGGGCCUUUUCUUGAUCUUCUUUCCUCACCUAUUCGGCAUUCUUCACGCGGCGGCAUUGCAACAUUCCCCGCCGCGCGAAGUAGCACGGGCGAGCGUGCUCCUGUUGGGCGCGAGUUUCUUCUUCUCCAACGCGAUCCACGCGUGGAACGACCUCGUCGAUGCCCCCGUCGACAGGAUGGUGGCGCGAACUCAGCACCGUCCCAUCGUUCGCGGCGCCGUCUCGCCUCGUGCCGCCUUCGUGUUCACGGCCUCCCAGGCCUUCGCAGCGGCCCUGUUUCUCCCCCUACUGCCCGCGGAGACGUCCCGAUGGGCCCUAGCCAAUAUCCCGGCGGUUCUCUACUACCCGUGGGCCAAGCGGCACACGCACUUCGCGCAAGUCGUCCUGGGACUCUGGCUCGGAUGGGGGUCCCUGGUCGGGAGCUCUGCGAUGGGUCUGCGGCCCUCGGAGGAAAGCCCGUCUCUUUACCUCCUGGCUGUGUGUAUCCUCUGGACAACCAUCUACGACACCGUCUACGCGCACCAGGACGUGGCGGACGACAAGGCGAUUGGGCUGAAGAGCAUGGCCGUUCUGUUCGGAAAUCGAACGAAACUGAUAUUGUGGCCGAUCCUUGGCUUGGUGAUUGUACUGCUCACGGCCGUCGGCGUUGAAGCGGAUCUGGGUUUGCUGUAUUUUAUACUAGCGGUGGGUGGCUGUGCGUCCUCGCUUGGAGCGAUGAUCGCAAUGGUGGAGCUUGGGGACUCGUAUAGCUGUUGGCUGUGGUUCAAGUACGGAUUCUGGUUUACUGGAGGUUUUAUCACUGCUGGUUUGGCCUCCGCGUCUAGCCUCUUUCAAGGCUUGUGGCCUUAUGGCUAAGUACAUUUUAUCGCAUCUUUUGGAAAUUGUUGUGUACCUAACCCAGGUAGUAAUAGUUGUGUGUAGAUAGUUGGUAAGUUAGUUAGUUAGCAACAGGAAGAAAGCCCGUUAUACUGUUAUAUCUUAGUAAGAUAUACCUAAAGUUAGGUACUUCCCUUAGGUAAUUAUGUGGUACAAUACGAUUCGUACAAUUGAAUACAUAGUAAGUUAAAGGCAGGCCUACAAUUGUGAGAAUUGAAACGGCCGAAGUUCGAACAGAACGAAGUGGGUCCACUGCAGCACUCUGGAGCUACCCGUGCUACGCUCGUAUUGUCAGUUAAACCUAAAAGCU